AUGACACCCUCACUUCCUGACUCACAAGCUACAGUUGUACAGCCCAACUCAAGCCCUACAGUUCCCAGCCAUACAUCUUCUUCUUUCUCCUCCUCAACCACAUCUGUGACCUAUUUAACUGAUACAUCCACCAGUGAAACAACAACAAUUGUAGGCCCAGUCACCAGUCCUCCAACAUCGUCAGCAACACUCAGAAGCCUGUGUAGAGAAGCAGACCCCCAGGCCUAUAAAACAGUUAAAGUCAUCAAUUUAAGUAAAGGAAGUGUUGUUGCAAAGAGCGUGGCGGAGUAUCAGUAUCAAAACAAUGAAACUCAAAUCGAGUUUAUUAACACUAAUCUUAGUGUGGUUUUGAGGAAUAUCCUACAAAAUAAAAAUAACCUCAACAAAAUUUCUUUGGCCUUUGGUAAUCAAAGUGUGGAGUUAAAUGAUCUCACCUUUGAGGCACCUGCAAUUACUAAUAUCACAGAGUUGGAGCCUUUUAUUAACUGCACUCGGUUUGCUAAUUACACUGCUGAGAUUAGUAAUGGUCAAUGGCAGUGUGUUGGACCAUGCAAAAAAAACCCUGAUUACUGCAAUGGACACGGACAAUGUUUAAAUGACAUUUACACAGGCUCAGUCUGCAGGUGCUACGAAACCAGCCUGGAGCAGUUUUAUGGUCCACAAUGUGACCUUUUCCGCCGAGGUCCAGGUUUCUAUGGAGCACUGUUUGGCUCACUCGCAGUAGCGCUCCUGCUCUUGAUUAUAAUCGUCAUCGCUGUCAUUGUCAAAAGGAGACAUGCGUAUACUUGGAAAAGGAGCACCUCUCAGAGGAGAAGAUUGUCUUUUCUUGAGGAAGAUUUCUUUGACUUCACUGAUACGGGAAUUCCCAACUUGGGACUGGCAGGCACUUAUAGAUCAGAAAACAUUUAGAAACUGAUAUAUUCAUUAUAUUAUAUAAAAUUAAGCAAUUAGUUACUGUUU